AUGGCGUUUAUACACAGUGAUACCCCAACCUCGCCAUAUACUCACCCCCCUUCAAACCAAUUCUACUUCACCGAGCGCCCACGAUACUACGCGGCGAAGCAGAUCGCGAUGGGACAAUUCGACCAGCCACCAGCGGCGGCGCUGUUCCCCCCUAGGACUCAUAGCAUCCCGAGGAAGCACUCACAUGGAUCUCUCUUGGCUGAUCCUUCUGCCGGUGUUCGUGCUGAGCAGGUCGACUUUUCAACCUGGCGACCCAGGAGACCCUCCGCAGAGCGGCCUGUCUCUAUUUCGCCGUUCCGUUCGGUACAACGGAUGAAAGAGCCCUUCCCGCUUAGACUGCCGACAUCCCCGUCUUUUGAUAGCAGCACCAAGCCUGUGGCCCAAAAGGAAACCAAACAGCAGCGCCCUCUGAAUGGCUUCAAGACUUUGCGUAACUGGUGCUCGGAUCAAAACCUCGCGGCGAGCUUGCAGCCUCUUGGUCUUCUCCCCAGUCCAUCCAUUUCCGAACCGCGAGCUUCAAAGGCCAAGCCAUCGCCAACAUUCUUCCCACAGACAAGGAGUGAGAUCCGUGACGAUGAUGGAGAUGUUUCCGAUAGCUGCUACUCGCCCGACCUUAAGAUAGGUGUAGCCUGUGACGCUUCCCCGAUUUUCGAUGUGGACAAGGAAAACCAACCCCCGGUCGAGGUAUCCAUCGUGCCUAUCCCACAUGAGAGGUUCGUGCCAACGCAGUCUGUGGAUGAACAUAGCGAGUCGAUGCCAUCAAUUCCGACCCCAGAAACCCAGUCAACGUCUUCCCUUUCUCUGGAGAUUGAUGACGACAAGAAGCAAGAUGAUCAUAACAAAGAUACAUCUGACGGGAGUAGGGAAAGGGCCGAAACAAUGUCCAGUGAGGCGAGUAGUUGGGUGCCCAGUAACCUAACAUACUGUCAAAACUGGCUUCAAGGGGUGCUAGAUGAGAAGCCGAAAGAAGCAAAUCGGCGAAAGUUUCAGAUCGUUCAACACAGCCCCCCUCGUCCAAGUUUCAAGGUGGAAAGGAAACGCAAAGAUGAACCGGUGCGAUUGGCUUUUGCCACGAAGCCACGUCUUGUUGAUAUAUCUCGACAAUCGUCCCAUUCGAUGGGCUUCAUACCUCCGAUUCCACAGCACCCGAUAAUACCUUCAACACCUGAUCAACAACUUCAUGAGGUAUCGGCAUUCAGCCCCGACACACCGCUUGAGAUGCCAGACAGCGGCUAUGCUGCAUAUUCCUAUUUAGCUGAGGAAUACCCAGAUGCAAAUGGACACGGGCACGAUCAGUAUUCAGAUUCAGCGUCUGCGACUUCUGAAAGCGUUGCAUCAACGGUGGUGGGUGACGAAACAGACUCGGAAAAGCUGGGCUCUUUUUCGCCUCCCAAGACCGUCUCGAAUAAGAAUACGACUCGUCAGCCAGCCGUCCACGACUCCCCAAGUGGGCUCUCCAACAUGUCCGAUAAGGAGUGGUGGGAUCAUGAGUGGACCCUCGACCAGCUUGAUCAGUCCGUAAAGGACUUUCCGCGUGCAAUGCUUAGACUCACUUCUCCGGUCAUCAUGUUUCUUCGAAAAAGCGAUGAGGAUGCCAUCUUACGACCGUUCCGCAAGAUAUUUCCCGACGUGCCAGAAAACCUGCUGGAUUGUCUAUGUGCGGUUCUCAUCGCUCGCAACUAUAUCGUCCCGCUCGCCAAUUCAUAUCGCAAACACAACGGGCCGUCGCAUGGCAAUACUCAGCCUCACCCCGAUCCAGCCUCCAAAAAAGGUCGAACCCCAUUAGGAGUCCAUUGCCCUACGCCAUCAGCCUCACAGUUCAGAGAUCGUGUCCUGGGAGCACGCAGUGUCGAGCUUCGCAAAGACCUUGAUAAUCUCAUUGAUAAGCUACUCCUUGCUACUAGUGGGAGGACAGACGAAACGAUCAAAGCCGCCAUCACAGUCCUCACUCAAGUUCUCGAAGCCAAAUCUUGA